AUGAGGUUCUUAGAUGUCAUUAAACUGCCCCUCCUUUUGUGUGCCCAUGGUUCAGCUUUUACUGUAUUCAGUUCAUUUGCUGAGAAUGAAGAUGCUCUUUUGCGACACUUGUUUCAUGGAUAUCAGAAAUGGAUCAGGCCAGUAAAACAUGCUAAUGAUACUAUAAAGGUAUAUUUUGGACUGAAGAUCUCUCAGCUUGUAGAUGUGGAUGAAAAGAACCAGUUAAUGACAACUAACGUAUGGCUGAAACAGGAAUGGAUCGACCAUAAAUUGUGCUGGAAUCCUGAAGAUUAUGGUGGGAUCACUGCAAUUCGGGUUCCAUCUGAAUCUCUCUGGCUCCCUGAUAUUGUUUUAUUUGAAAAUGCUGAUGGGCGUUUUGAAGGUUCAUUGAUGACAAAAGCAAUAAUUAAGUACAAUGGGAUAGUAGUAUGGAGACCUCCAGCCAGUUACAAAAGUUCCUGCACAAUGGAUGUGACCUUCUUCCCAUUUGACAGGCAGAAUUGCUCCAUGAAAUUUGGAUCAUGGACCUAUGAUGGCAGAAUGGUUGACCUGAUCCUAGUAGACGAAAAUGUGGAUAGGACAGACUUUUUUGAUAAUGGGGAAUGGGAAAUCCUAAAUGCCAAAGGAAUGAAAGGAAACCGAAAAGACGGAUUAUAUUCCUACCCGUUCAUCACCUACUCUUUUGUUUUAAGACGCUUCCCACUGUUCUACACACUUUUCUUAAUAAUCCCAUGUCUAGGACUAUCUUUUUUAACGGUGCUCGUUUUUUACUUGCCCUCAGAUGAGGGAGAGAAACUAUCGCUCUCGACCUCUGUUUUAGUUUCCCUCACAGUUUUUCUCCUGGUUAUUGAAGAAAUCAUCCCCUCUUCCUCCAAAGUCAUACCCCUGAUUGGCGAGUACUUGUUGUUCAUCAUGAUUUUUGUCACGCUUUCAAUCAUUGUGACCGUUUUUGUAAUUAACGUGCACCAUCGUUCCUCGGCCACCUACCAUCCUAUGGCUCCCUGGGUGAAAAGACUUUUCCUUCAGAAACUGCCUAGGCUGCUCUUCAUGAAAGGAUACGUGGAUCGCUGUGCCUUCGCGGAUCCGGAAGGAACUCUAAAACCAAAGCUGAGGAAGCAUAAAAACAAACAGUUGAAAGAUGGAGAAAAGGUGGUGGUUGCAUUCUUGGAAAAAGCUGCCGAUUCCAUUAGAUAUAUCUCUACACAUGUCAAAAAGGAGCACUUCAUUAGGCAGGUCGUGCAAGACUGGAAGUUUGUAGCUCAGGUUCUUGACCGGAUCUUCCUGUGGCUAUUUUUGGUGGUGUCUGUGGUCGGAUCUGUUCUUAUAUUUACUCCUGCUUUGAAGAUGUGGUUGCACAGUGGUUUGUAG